AUGUCGCAGUGGACUGGUGAGCAACGCGCGUUCGCAGUAGAAUCGUACUUUAAAAGUAACGAUUCCUGUACCAUUGCCCGUCGUCAAUUUUGUACACGUUUUGAUAUUCAACGUUUAAGUGACGGACCAAGUGCUAAUUUAAUUAGAACGUGGGUGCAGAAGUUCCAAGCAACUGGUUCAACCAUAAACAACCGUCGGCCAGGCCCUAGCCGGACGUCAAGGACCAAAGAAAACAUUCAACGUGUUGAAAGCAGCGUACUGCAAAAUCCACGCCAGUCCGUGCGCAAGAGAGCAUCGUCUUUGGCGUUACUAAAAACGACCGUGCAGCGAAUUUUAAGUAAGCACAAGAAACUUCAUCCAUAUAAGGUCCAAUUGGUGCAGGCUCUUAAACUAGAUAACUUCAUAGCGCGUAAAGAGUAA